GAAAGAAAGGGAGAUGGAGGAGGAGAGAGCGAGAGAGAGAGGAGAGGGUGACCAAACGGAGGGAGGAGGGAGGGGGAAACGGCGUAUGCUUGUAUACAACCCUGAUUUCCAUUUUUUUCCCAACUCGUAAUGUAUUUAAUUCAAGUGAAACGUAAUCAUGACGUGUCGUGUCAUUAAUCUCCUCGCCGCCUCUCCCAAAAUUAAAGGAGGAGGCUGCCACAGUCGUGUGUCCCCCAUCAGCCGAGACACUAAAGAAUGGCAUAACAUCACACACACUGCUGAGGAUGGAUUCUCCGCCAGAGUGUGUGUUGUCUCUUUCUUGUGAGCAGCCCCAGUCCCCCCCAACGCUGCCAUCCCUGGACCACAGCCCCCAGGCCUCCUCGCCUCACACCCUGCUCUCUCUACCUGACAGCCCCGUUGUCCUGCCUAUUCACAGCCCCGAACCUUCCCCUCAGAGCCUGGACACCACGCCUUAUUUCCCCCUCUCUCCCUUCCCCCUCCAUGAGGAAAAUAAUAAUCACCAUGAUAUUGAUGAAGAAGAUGAUGAGGAAGAACUGGAUGGAGUUCCUCCUUCCCCAACCCCUGCAGUGGCACUGUUCCCAGGAGGAGGUGGGCAAGAUGCUGGAUGCAGCCCGUGUUUGGAUUCCUCUCCACCGGCCACACCAUCAGCACCAGUCCUUGGGUUUGGAGCCCUGGAGCUUGCCCUCACAUCAGGACAAAGUGGAAACUGCAACGACGAGUUAGACCUCCAACUGUUCCAGAAGGAUACUGUCACUAGGCCGGUACCUGGAGCUGGAGGGGCCUCAUCAGGGCCUGCGCUCAGGUUCCCCUGUCAUGUAUGUGGGAAGAGAUUCCGAUUCCAAAGCAUUUUGUCUCUUCACGCUCGAGCUCACAGUCUGGACAGAGACCGCCGAGCUUCGGCCCUUUAUCGAACUGGACUCCCCUCAGCACCCCUAAAGCAGCAUCUCAAAAUCCAACAAAACCACAAAGACUUAACCCAGAAUCACAGAGGACACCCAAACCAGUGUUUACUGCCAGGGACUCUCAUCCAGCAUCUCACAGAAGAUGAGGAUGUUGAUGGUGAGGUCAAAGGUCUAGAUGAUGGCCUACAGACUGACCAGAACCCAAACUUUUUACUAGAUGACAGCACACCUUUGACUCCUCCGCUUACAGAGGACCCUGUUUCUGUGACCUCUCCCUAUUCUGCUACCAUCGUGGAGGGUGCGUCUACUCCUAUCGCGCCCACGUUUCGCUGCCAUUCCUGCAAAGGAAAAUUCCGUACAGCUUUGGAGUUGGCGCGCCAUGUCCGCAUUCUCCACAACCCGUAUAAAUGCACUCUUUGUCCCUUCUCUGCCAGCCAAGAAGAGAGCUUGGCAUCUCACUUGCAGGAGUGCCACCCUUCCCCAGAGGUACCUGCUCUGCCACUGGUCUUCAAUUCCAGGCCAGUCAUUGCAACCCCUGACACUCCGGUGCCCACACCGACCCAUACCCCAGCCCCGACCUCAAGUACCCCCCAGAUGACAUCAGCCUCUGCUGCUGCUGCAUCUCCCGCACUGCCAGCCUUUCGCUGUGAUACUUGUGGACAGCGGUUUACCCAGUCCUGGUUCCUGAAGGGACACAUGCGAAAGCACAAGGACUCCUUGGACCAUAAGUGCCAGGUAUGCGGCCGUGGUUUCAAGGAGCCUUGGUUCCUCAAAAACCACAUGAAAGUACAUCUCAAUAAGCUUGGGUUGAAGGCUGGACUAGGCGCCCUGGGAGGGCCAGGGGGUGCUGAGCAGCAGGGGAAAGGGUCUGCUAGUAAUCAGUCUCUCAAUGCGCUCUACUCAAGCCUCCUUCUGGCCCAGCGUGGAGGUGGCAGAGGUGGACAUGGAAGAUCAGAGAGGGAAACUGGUGGGAGGAUGGGGAUGGGCUCAAGCAAGUCAGCCAUCCUGGGCUACCUGGGAUUGCCCAGUGAUGGCAGCGGGGCAAGCUGCAUGGAGAGACUUCAAGCAGUGGCUCAGGUGGCAGAGAUGGGAAAUGGUGGUGGCAUUGGCAGCUCAGGAGGAGGGGGAGCAGCUAGAGGAGGGGGCACAGGUGAGACUGCAUCAGUUUCAGAAGGAGGGGACCAAGCAACAUGGUGGCAGCUGGUGGCUCGCAGCCUGGCAGUAGCUCAGCAGCAGCAGCAGCAGCAGAGACCCCACCAGCGAGGCCAGCAACAAGGCCAGAGAGGCCCAGGUCGGAGCUCAGUGAUCACUGAGGCUGACCAAGUCAGAGCAUACCUUGGAGGCCUGGAUCCAAGAGAUGAUUCAGGAGCAGGAGGGCCUUGGGAAUGCCCAGACUGUGGAAAGCUAUUCCGCAGCCUGCAGCAGGUGGUGGUUCAUGCCCGUGUUCACACUCAGAGGCCCCAGAAAGGAGGUGGCGGCGAAGAGGAGGGGAGUGGUAGUCGUAGAGGAAUGGGACUAGGAAGAGGAGGCAGCGGUGAAGUGAGACAGGAAUCUCAGCUACACAGUGGUGGAUCUCAACAAACAGGAGAAAUGAGACAGGAAUCAAAACUGCACAGUGGUGGAUCACAACAAGCGGGGGCAGCUACAGGGUUUCACUCUGUCAUCUCAAGCUUCAAAGGAGAAAAUGGCUUGACAGCAGUCUCCUCCAUACCUUCAGUUCCCACCAGGGAGCGAGUGCGUGGAAGAGGGAUAAAAGACUGCCCCUACUGUGGUAAAGCCUUCCGCUCUUCACACCAUCUCAAAGUACACCUGAGAGUUCACACAGGUGAGAGACCCUACAAAUGUCCCCACUGUGACUAUGCGGGUACCCAGUCAGGCUCACUGAAGUACCACCUCCAGCGGCACCACAGGGAGCAACGCAACGCCUUGGCAGCUUCCUCUAAUUCCUCCUCCUCUGGUCUAACCUCUACUAUCAACAGUCUGACCUCUGGAACCUCUGGGCUGGCAAAGCAGCGCCGUUCCCAGCUCAACCACUGCCCAGUGAACCGAGGCCCAACGGACAGCCCCACUUCUCGGCCCAGCCAGCAGUCCUGGCUCCUGGGGCUCCCAGACCAGCGGGAGCAUCGGAAGGCCUUGGCAGCUCUAAGGGACGUCGACUUAGAGACCCAAUAUAGGUAUCUGUCUGGGGUGAUGGGGGCUCUUUACCAAGGUGGAAUGGAAGGGGGCUGGAUCAGAGAGUCUCCUCCGCCGAAGGCCCCUAAAGUGUCUCGUCGUAAGCCUCUUACCACCAGCCGAAUGGUUCAGCCGUCGAGUGACAAGGAAGGGUCUGCACCUUCAACUCAAGAGGGUGGGUUUGAACCCUUGGAUCUAUCCCGUCGUACCUCACCUGGCCUUGGAGGGAUGGAGGAGGAGGGGAGCAUGAGUGUCGGUGAAGGAGGUGGUGUCAGUGGUGUGGAUUGUGGAGGGGAUAGUUCAACAGGGGUCAAACUGAGCCAGUGUUUAUUCUGCCCUUUCCGUACAUCCUCAUCAGAGCUGAUGGCCAUGCAUCUCCAGGUCAAUCACACCAGUAAGUCUAGACGCAAGAGAGGCCCCUCAACUACCAUGGAAGACAAUGGACCCCCUAAGGCCACCAAGACCCGGAUGGAUCACUCCGACCUUGACUCUCUGACAAUAUGGAGGCAUGUUAGCGAGCCAGAGUUCCAGGCACCCCAAGGGGAAUGGUCCUCAACUCAGGGCAAGACCCUGAACGGGCUGUCUGUGGAUACAGCAGAACAUCUGGAAAACAUCCUCGACCACCCAGACUCCAACGUGGCAUCAGCGUCCAACAAUGUAAGAGACGAUCUGGCAAUCAAGGGGAAGAUGGUGGAGGAUGAGGAAGAGCAGGAGGAGGAGCUGGAAGAGAAUCUGGAGAACAGCAGUCUGGAGGAUUCACAGGACCAGGAUCUUCGGAUGUCCCUUGCUCUGUCACCAGCCCUGAGCUCCAACCACGUGGUGGGAGAGGAGGAAAGAGUCUUAACAGAUUAAAAUGAUUUCGGCAGCACCAAUUGGAUGAUUUUGGAUGGCACCAAUUGGAGACUUGUGUUCGAUGCUUUCAACAAGGUUUGAAAAAGAAGUGAAGAAGGGGCAGAUAGCUUUGCAAAGAGAAAAGGGGUUUAAGGUCAACUAUUAUUUGCCCCUUUAUACUAUAGUUUCUGGACAGAGGAUACUUGACUCCUGAGGUUUUUGAAAACUACGGAGAGAAAAAAAUAAUUGCUGUUAUGUUCCCUCCGUUAUUAUUCAUCUACUUCAGUUCUGACAGUGUGGUCAUCCACAACAUAAACUUCCUGUACAAAAGAGCAUAUGUGCAUCUUUUCAGGACUUUGCAGGCCACUUUUUCAAGUUUUUUCCUCAAGCUUCCCCCCGAGACGGAUGAUUUUUAAGAUGACCUCCAAUUUGAUAGAUGAAAGAAAUGCUAGGGCAGAUUCUGCAUCAUUCCACAUGCAUUUAUUCCACACUAAUAAUGGACUGUAUAUUGCAGACUACUACUUUACUGACCAAGUUGAAGCCAGCUGUGAAGAGAUGCUCUCCUGACUGACCACUGAACAAUUUGAACCUCAAGCUUCAAGCUCCUCCUCAGCCCACACGAAUGUGGAGGAAAGUUUAAUCGAGAAAAGUCUCAAGCUUUUUGGUAUUAAUGUAAGGCAUGGGGGUGACUGUUGCAGGCCGCGUGCUUUCGCUCAACUAUAUAUCACUGCCUUGUUUGUCUGAAAAGUGUUUCUAGACGAUUGUCCUGAAGAAAAACAGAAAGAAAAGUUUGUAACAUUUUUUUUUCUCUUUCAGUUAGUGCCUGUUCAUGUAUGUUGUCAAGAGAGUCUCUGGUAUUCCUUUGCGUCAGGGCUCUGAUAGGUCAUUCAUUUUAUCUGAAUAUACAGUUUAAAACAAUUUAAGUACAGUAUAUUUGUUAAAAGUGGUUCUAGGGUGUUGUGAAUAGUUAAGUUGUAAAAGAAAUGCUGCAUCGUAGCGUGAUGUCCUUAACACAUGCGGCUUCGAGGCUCAGUUUGUAAAGAAAACAACGACAACAACAAAAAAAAGAAGCAGUUGAUAUAAAUAAUGUAUAAUGCGAUGAAAGAGGUCAAAGGCUGAGCGAUACAAAGGGGUCACAGUUUGAAAUUCAGUGUUUACAAUGGUGCCGGAUGCGGGUUCGGUCGCCGUGGCGGCGUAAAUGCGUGGAAAAGAACAGAAACAUGGAGCGGGAGUCUGUCUGAGGGCUCCCGAAAACAAUCAGCUGACACACCUUUUUAAAAGAGACUUAGCAACUGUGUCAAAAAAUAAAGGAACAAUUUAAUUUUUUUUUUCCAUAGGAGAGAAGAUACAAGGUAAAGAAUGAAAAAGGAAAGCAGUAUCCCUGCCAAACAGGACUUAAUCUGAGAAACAAACUGUGCUCUCGGGGUAUGGUGUCCUUUAGAUGAGUAGAUUCCCUCUCUUCUUCUUCUUCUUCUUUUUUUUUUUUUUUACAAGAAAAGAAAAGACAAUGGUAGGAGUAAUUAUUAAAACACUAACAAAUGCAUAGACAUCCCAGUAGAAUAUGUGUAGCUUUUGUAAAGACGAAGAAAAAAAAAAAGCAUACUUUUGUUUAUUUUCAUUUCAAGAUGCUUACAGAAAAAGGUUAUCAAUAUAGGUAAUAUUGAUUAUAAUGUUUGUGAGCUAAGACUAGUCGGAAUGUCUAUACAGAGCACUGUGCAAGGUUUGAGUUCCCAAAGUAGUUGUUUUUAUUUUGACUUUAUGGAUAGACCAAACGUUUUUUCAAUGGAAGUCGUCACUUUCUGUUGUCGUUUUAAAUGUGUGGAGCUGUGGUUUCGAUAGGUUUACCCCAUCGAUUAGCGAAAAUCGGUCAAUCAGUCAAUCAGUGUAUCAAAUAUCCAACCGUUGGACUGGUUGUUAAAGCAAGUCCCUAUUUAAAGAACAUUUAUGUGUAAAUGUCAACACAUCAGUUGCUAUGAAAGGAAAAAAAAUCUAAAGCUUUGCUUGAAUUGUUGUGUUUUGAUGGUAAAAUGGGAAAAAAAAAAAUAUGAAUGUGAGACAGAAACAUCCCCUUAUGCUGGUUCGGCCCAACUACCAGAGAAAACGUUGACGCAGUACGUUUGGAAAAUGUCAUGAUGCCUCCUGAAAAUACCCGGUUUAAUUUCCACAAACAGAGAAUGUCCCGACGUCUGGACAAAAAUACCUACAAAUUCGAUGUAUCUGGUUUGCAGAAACGUACCAUACCGACAUUUUACUCUCGUGACUGGGCUGGCUGGUUCAAAACCACUAUUUAUGUACUUGGACUACUUCUUGAUGGGGUAUUCUGUGAUUGCAACCACGCCUUAAUGUGCAUUAAUGUGUUUCAGUUCUUUUUCUAGAGCACCUUAUGAGUUUCGUAGUGAAAAAGUCCCUUGGUGGUGUCUCCUUAACAACUACUGUCAAUGCCAUCGUGCCUUCUGUUUCAAGCACUUCCUGGUGUAUUUUGUAAAACUCACCAAAAGCACUUAGCCUAUAUCUACACACUCUCUCUCUUCCUCUCUGUCUCCGUCCUUCCUCUCCUCUCCUCUCUCCUGUCUUCCUCCUCUCCUUCACCACCUCAGCCCAUUUACCUAAUCUUUUUCUCGUGUCUUCACCUCCUGACCUCUCUCUCCCGGGGGGGGAGGAAUCUGUCUUCACACCGGAUUUCCAUCCUUCUCUUCGGGCCCCGCUCGGCCUUAAACAAGGUCACUAGGCUUCAUUACAAUCUAGCAUGGCUAGACUCUUGAAAGAAUGGACUACCUAACCUUUAGACGAGUGAACAAAAUCAUGAUAGAUGUAGGGUUAGACUACUUUUGGUCUUAAUACUAACCCUUGGUAAACCAAAGCCCAAAGUCUAAGUCUAAUGAAAAUAUAUUUAAUCUUAUGAAGGUGCCAAAACAUGUCCGAGGCGACACUAAAUAUCAACUUGAGGAAAAUAAAUCACCUGUCCUCUCUCUCUCUCUCUCUCUCUCUCUCUCUCUCUCUGGCCCUUUUCAAUUCCACCUCCCCCCUUCUCUCUCUCUCUCUCUCUCUCUCUCUCUCUCUCGCUUGCUCUCCCUCCAUGUCUCCCUCUCUCGUCCGUAAGCUGUCUAUCUCCAGCACCACUUGAAGGUGACGUGUACUAUCUGGUAUUGAGGCCUUUAUUAGAUUUUUAUUUCAGUUCCGUGUGGUGUUCGUUCAAUGCCGUUGAGAUGGAAAAACGCUCUUCUUAUAAUGAUAAUUAUUAUUAUUAUUGUUUUGGCAUUAUGGUUAAAACAAAAUGAAACAAAAAAAACAAAAACAAAAACAAACAAAAAAAAACAAACAAGAGAAAUGUGUUGUUGAAUGUUGUACAGAUAGCACUAGAGAUGUUGUGUUUUUUAAAGAGAGCACAAACCUGAGCGACGGCCCCUCCGACUCCUCCCGCCGGCAGACGGGAAUAAAACAGCCUGCCAAGUCAAUCUUGAUGUCUGAUCGCAGGAGUUUUCUUUUGGCGAUGAGAGAUUUUCAGAAUAAACGCCCCCCCUCACCCCCGGAGAUUUGAAUGUAAAAAAAAAAAAAAAAAAAGAAGGGCAGCCUUUGACUCAAACUCUACUCCCAAAUUUCUUGCACAGAAAUCACUCUGAAAAGCAGCACUUGAGCCAAUAAUUGUACCAGAAACAUGACCAUUUUUUUCCCUGCUUACCGAGAGUUUGACAAACAAGCGGAUGCCUUUGAGUGUAUUCACGAGCGGACUGAAAGGAUGUUUAAAAGCAAAUGAAAGGGGCACUCCAGCACUCUUGAGUGCAUUUCCAUUAAGUUCAGAGAGAUUGGAGUGAGGUUCCUUCAUUGCCGAUCCUACAUUUCCCAUGAUGCAACUCAAUGGGUCUUUUAUCAAACCCUCCCUCAAGGUGCGUGUCUACAGGAUCUGUUCAGAAACACAUUUUUAUGAACUACUGACUUUGUUAAAUCCGUAGGCACGCACCAUUGCUGACACUGUAUAUCCUCACCCUUUUUCAAACUUGACAUCCCCUGUUCGCAACCAGUAAUGCCAAUUCAUUUUUAUUUUCUCAGACUCAGACAAAACCCCACGGUUCUACCAAGCUGAGUAAUAUAAAUCAUGACCAGUAAACUGAUCUUGAUGUGUAAAAAGAAGGAGGAAUUGCCCCUUUCAGUACAUUUCUAGCUCGGUAAAUCAGUUCAAGUUUCCCUUAGAACUGGUGACAUACACCUUUAAAAUUUUCCAAACAUGGACAAUUGAUCUACUAAAAACAUCUGUUGAAGAAAAAUGUAUUCAUAAAAUGAAAAUGCUACUUAAAUUGGUGAGAGUAUAUCAACUUUCAUUUUUUUUUUUUCUUUUUGUGCCAAUGAGGCAUAAAAACUCUUGUUUCUGGAUGAAAUAAUUCCAAACUCCUCAGUUUUAAAGGUUUUGCUCAGUCGUCCAGUUUAUCGAGCACAGCUGGUUGAACUCACUGCUCGGACUCCUUCGCGAAAACACACACACAAAAAAGCAUCCUCGAAUUCGUCCGACUCUGGUAUAAGCCGGGGAGCAAAAAAACACAUCAGACUGUCCCUUUACAUUUGCACCUGUACCUUGUGAUUUCUCAAGACGUAGGUAAAAAUUUGCACCUUAUUAUUUCCUGAUUGUGAAUCAGAUCAGUCUAACACUGCGGUGUAUUGGGUAUGACACGGGCUGAUCCUGCUUAUAAAGUACUGAAAGCUGCGACUGUUUUUUUUGUUGUUUUUUUUUUUGAAGGUGUUGACAAAUCUUUUGUGCGAGGCGAAGGGGCCGCGCUGGGUUUGGGCUCUUGUGUAGUUUACUGCCAUUGCAGUGAGGGAAAACUGAUCUAACAUAGUAGUGACUAAUAUGACUUUGUGGACAACAGAUAAAAAAAAAAAUAAAAAAAUAAAAAAUAAAACGCAUUAGAAAUAAAUAAACACAAACAAAAUAA